AUGUCUUCACCGGCCGACACCAAGUCGGCGCAAGGAAACGAAUCGGCGCAGCAGGCCGCAGACGAAGCGAGCAAGUCGAUAUGCGGUGUCUGCCAACAAGAACCGCCGAAAUAUAAAUGCCCCCGGUGCUACCUGCCAUACUGCUCCGUGGCUUGCAGCAAAGUCCAUCGCGAGAACCACCCGCCGGACCCCGAGCCGAAGCCCAGCGAGCCGUCGCAAGCCGCCGCUCCUCCGACCACGGAAACACCCACAGCCGCCGCCGCCGCCGCAGCAAACGCCAACGACAGAAGCAAUCCUUUUCGCGCUCUCGAUUCGGCGUCCGACAAGCUACAGAUGCUAUUCACAAAGUACCCCGACCUGCCAGCGCAGCUCGCCGACAUCCACGCCGCCACGCAGCCGCCCUCGGACGAAGCGACGCAAAACAGCAGCAUCCCAGCCUCACUGCUGAAAGGCUUGCCAAGUAAAAAGGACGCGUGGAAUCAUGACGUGGGCAUCAAGAAUGGCAAGGAAGCGCUGCGCAAGGCCCGCAGGGCUGACGGUGUCGCGGGCGAGGCCGUCAGGGAGUACUGCGAGCUCAUCGCGUACCUGAUGAACGGGCAGGCUGGCGGUGCCGAGGCGGCCGCCCUGCUGCAAAAGGAGGCCGCGAUGCAAGACUCGGAACUCAUCGAACGUCUGCUGGAAGAGGAGAAGAGGAAGAGGUGA